GGGCACCUGGCUGUAAUUAUGUGUCGCUAAAUUAAAUCGCAUUCAUCCGAACAGCAACUAAACACUUUUAAACUUCGUAUACUGGUAGAAUGUGUUACAUAAAACAUCUUUUUCUCUUGGCUUUAUUGAGAAAAUUCUGUAGUUUGUAACAUAUUUGUUGUUUAAUUUCUUGCAUUUCGGCAAUUUCAACCAAUCAACGACGUCUAUUGAGGUGAAAACAAUAUCUGCCGAAGUCUGUCAACAACAAUUUUUUUGCGGUGUCAUAUGAAAAGAAUACAAAGGCAAAAUUAGUCUCACCGUUCGUAUUUUCAUUUUCGUCUCGGCCCGCCGACAUUAGUAAUGCGCAUGCUCAGUCAGAUGUCCAAUACAGCGCGCAGGGAGGGCACUUGGCUGUAAUUACGUGUCGCUAAAUUAACUCGCAUUCAUCCGAACAGCAACUUUUUAUUAUAUAUAGAACACAACAGAAUGGAAAAUGAGUUCUAUAUAAUAUAACCUCUGUAUCUAUACACAGACUCAAGUUAUUUCCAGAUAAUAUUCUGAUACACGCCAGAAUGUCUGAUGGUAUUGGCAGCAGAGGCAUUGUAUCUUAAGACGAUGGUUUAAAGAAUAAAGGAACCUGUUAUACAAAGCAGAUGUAACUAUAUUCAUAUAAACCUGUGAUGGAAUUGCCAUGAAAUAUUUCCAGAGGACGAAGAUAUUUGUUAGAAAUACAAUAUAAAAAUAGAGAAAGGAAAAGACAUCCUAAGAAAGAGAGGAAGUCUAUGGGAAAUGUCUGGGGUUUGUGCUGCAUUGAAUGUGAAGAAAGAAAGCCAAGGGAGUGGUUUACCUGAUGAGAUGUUGAAAAAGAAGAAGGGCAAAACUUCAUAUCACUGUGAUAUUUGUAAAAAGACAUUCCAGAAACAACGUAACCUGACUAUUCACAAACGCAUUCAUACAGGAGAAAAGCCAUACCACUGUGAUAUAUGUGGUAGUUUAUUCUUGUUAAAAAAUCACCUAAAUGUACACAAACGUAUUCACACAGGAGAGAAACCUUACAGCUGUGAUAUCUGUGGGAGAUCUUUCACACAAAGUGGUGACUUAAAAGCUCACAAACGCACUCACACAGGAGAGAAACCAUAUCAUUGUGAUAUCUGUGGUAAAUCCUUUUCACAAGGCAACCAAGUUACUGUGCACAAACGCAUCCAUACAGGGGAGAGACCAUUUCAUUGUGAUAUCUGUGGCAAAUCCUUCAUUGGGAGUUAUGUGCUAAAGGCUCACAAACGCAUUCAUACUGGAGAAAAACCUUAUCACUGUGAUAUCUGUGGUAAAUCAUUCACUGGGAGUGGUCACGUAGCCACUCAUAAACACAUUCAUACAGGAGAGAGGCCAUAUCAAUGUGAUAUCUGUGGUAAAUCAUUCUCUCGUAAUCAUCACUUAUCUUUUCACAAACAGAUUCAUACAGGAGAGAAACCAUUUCCCUGUGAUAUCUGUGGUAAAUCAUUCUCUCAAAAAUCUGGCUUAGUUGUCCACAAACGUAUUCAUACCGGAGAGAAGCCAUUUCACUGUGAAAUCUGUGGUAAAUCAUUCUCCCAGGCACGUCAUGUAACUGAUCACAAAAGCGUUCAUACAGGUGAGAAGCCAUAUCACUGUGAUGUCUGUGGCAAAUCAUUCUCUCAAAAAUAUGGCUCAACUGUCCACAAACGUAGUCAUACAGGAGAGAGACCUCACAGCUGUGACAUCUGUGCUAAAUCAUUCUCUCAGACCUGUGACUUAAAAAAACACAAAAUUACUCACACUGGAAUCAGACAGUAUCACUGUGAUAUCUGUGGUAAAUCAUUCUCUCAAAGCAGUCACUUAACUAAACACAGACGUAUUCACACAGGAGAGAAGCCAUAUCACUGUGACAGCUGUGGUAAAUCUUUCUCUCAUCCAAAUACCCUCACUACACACAAAUGUGGAGAAAAAGCAUAAAGCGAUUUCCAGUCGAUCAUAAAUCCUUUAAAAGUUAUUUCCAUGUGAUGUGUAACGUGCAACAGUUGAUCGGAAGCUCCUCUUCCAUCUGUGCUGUCUCUACAUAACAAUUGCCAAUAAAUAAAUGUUGAUCGGUUGAAUUCUCUGGUCUAGGUUUACCAUGUACGGAGAGAGUGUUAAUGUACAAGGUGUGGGAAUGAUUGCACAUACUAGGGUUGGUGCAGGGCA